UCCGACGACCUCCCCGCGCCGCCGGCCGCCCUUAGCCGCGCUCGCCUCCGCACCCGCCGCCAUGUCGCAGCCGAUCACCCCGCGCCGCGCAACCCGCGCCACCGCCUUCGCGCCCGAUUCGCCGACCUCCCCUCCCAAAUCCAGGCCCAAAUCCUCGCACAGACGCCAACUCCUCGCGGCCGCCGCCGGGCCGAAAGAGGGCGAACCCCUCGACGCGCUCCUCGAUGCGCUGCCUUGCCGCCGCGCGCAGGCGACGGACCUCCUCCGGCUCCUCGCGCCCGCCCCCGCGCUCCCCGUCCUGCUCCACGGCGGCGCCGCCACCGGCAAGACGCGCGCGCUCCUCCUCGCGCUGCGGCACCUCCGCCCCAGCCCGCGCCUCGUAUACGCCGCGCUCCGCUCCCUCCCCUCCCCUCGCGCGCUCUUCGCAUCCAUCCUCUCCCAGCUCAACGCGCUGUCGUCCUCGAGCUCCUCGCGGCAGCGCGUCCCUGACAAGCCAUCCGACUUCAUCGCUGCGCUCCGCGACGCCCUUGCUGCCGUUGUUGCCCAGGGCGAGCUUGUUUAUCUGGUGUUUGACAACUUGGAGGUUGCCAGAGGCUGGGACAAGGGCGGCCAGCUUCUUUCCCUUCUCCUCCGUCUGCACGAUCUCCUCCGGUUACCGCAGGUCGUGCUCGUGUACGUGAGCAGCGCAACGCCUGACGCCUACUACACCAUGACUGGCUCUGUUGAGCCGAAUCAUGUUUACUUCCCAGAUUACACAGUGGAUGAGGCCCGCGACAUCCUGAUGCGGGGCCAAUCCAAUCCGAAGCUGUACUCAUCGUUCCUGGGUGUGGUGCUGAAGCCAUUAUUCCGGGUGACAAGGAGGGUUGAUGAGCUGGCAGCGCUGCUGGAGCCUCUUUUCAGGAGGUACUGUGAGCCAUUGGGGGACUUGCAGGCGGUUCCUGAUGAGGGUAUGAGGAGGCGAUUGUUUGAGCAUUUGCAACCACAUUUGGCUGUGGCGUUGAAUGAGACAUUCAGUGUCCCCAUGAGAGCUUCAGUUGAGAAGUGCAAAGAUGACAUUUCUGGUGGAAAGGCUAGUGUUAAAAGGCAGUUUGGUGGUAGAGAUGGUCUCUCCAGUGAAUUGGAGUUCCAUAUGUCGGUAUCAGCGAAAUACCUACUGUUAUCCGCUUUCUUGGCUUCAAGGAACCCUGCUACUCUGGAUGCGGCUUUGUUUGAUUCCACUGGAGGGUCCGAUAACCGUAACCGCAAGAGAAAGAGCUCCCAGGCCUCGAUAGAUAGAAAGGAUACCAUGGCUGAAGAGAUACUUAUGAAAGGUCCUGGCACAUUUCCUCUUGAGAGGCUCUUGGCCAUCUUUCAGUGCAUCACAUCAGUAUCAGAAGAUGUGCUCGAUGAAGUUGAUUGUCCAGACAGUAUGAUGGAUGGAAGUGGAACAAAUGCUUUGAUGUCCGAUGUUCUGCUACAGUUGUCAACACUGUGCAAUUCUAAUUUCCUCUUUAAAAGUCGGAGCUGCCCAUUAGAAGGCUCAGCUAGAUAUCGAUCCAACAUUGAUGAAGAUUUAGCUCUCAAGGUUGCCAGGAGUGUCGGUUUCCCUCUCUCAAAGUACAUGUACAGAAGAUAGCCUUUUGAUCCGUAGUCUAGGCAACAGAAACUACUUUUGAUUGCUCUAGAUGCUAAUAUGAUCUGCUGAGAUCUGUUUAGUUGGGUUGAUUAGAAUGUUGAGGGAUGCCCCUUGUUGCUUUAAAUUUCUUAGCUUAUUCCUCCCAUUGAAAGAUUGAGAAUGGUACCCAGUCAUACAUUUUAUGUAAUUGUUUGCCUGUGAGCUUUCAAUGUCCCUUGACUUGUAUUAUCUUGGCUAUUUGAUUUGAUUAUCAAUAAUAUGCGGUUGUACCAGGAAUUUUUCUCUAAA